AUGGCGACAGUGGACGUGGAAAGUGUAAGUCUAUCCAAUCUUUCUUCAUUUGUCUGUAGGACUUGGCGCCAUUGAGAGCUGCCGUGAAGGAGAUUGGAGACAAGGUUCGGCAACUUAAGUUGGACAAGGCUGAUGAGAACGACAUAAAAAGAGCUGUCAACGAGCUGAAAGCUCGUAAGAAGGCCUUGGAAGAUAGAGAGCUUGAGCUUGCCCCUAAAGCCCCGUCGUUCGACCGGUUGAAGCUUGAGGAUUUGCUGAAGAGGCGGUUCUUCUACGAUCAAUCCUUUGCGAUCUACGGAGGAGUUGCUGGAUUAUACGAUUAUGGACCUAUGGGAUGUGCCUUGAAAAGCAAUAUGAUUCAGAUCUGGAGGAAACAUUUUAUUCUAGAGGAGAGUAUGUUGGAGGUUGAGUGCUCUGCUCUUACCCCUGAAAGUGUCUUGAAGUAGGUAUAAUUAUGUCUUUUGUUAUUUUUUAGAGCUUCUGGCCACGUUGAGCGGUUUGUUGACUGGAUGGUAAAGGAUGAGAAGACUGGAGAAUGCUUCAGGGCUGAUCAUUUGAUUAAAAAUUCGAUUGAAGAGAUCCUAAACAAGGACAAAAAGUUGAGUAAGGAGACAAAGGACGAGUUCGAAGACAUUUUGGUGAAGCUUGAUGGGUUUUCAAGCCAAGAAAUGGGAGAUACUAUCAAGAAAUACGGAUUCAAGUCACCCAUCACGAAGAACAAUUUGACCGAACCGGUGGCCUUCAACUUGAUGUUCCCAUCUCAGAUUGGCCCCACUGGAGACUUUAAAGCUUUCUUAAGACCCGAGACAGCACAAGGUAUCUUCAUCAACUUCAAGCGAUUAUUGGAAUUCAACCAGGUGGAUAGAUUUUUAUUUUAUUUUAUACAUUGUUUAGGGUCGAUUACCAUUCGCUGCCGCCCAAAUUGGAAGUGGGUUUAGAAAUGAAAUUUCUCCAAGACAAGGCCUUAUUCGAGUCCGAGAGUUCACUAUGUGUGAGAUCGAGCAUUUCUUGGACCCUACCGAUAAGGAUCAUCCUCGCUUUAAGGAAGUCGCUGAUCUCGAGUUGAAUUUAUUCUCAGCAUGCGAUCAGAUGGAUGGAAAAGGAGCCAGAUUGACAAAGAUUGGGGAAGCCGUCAAGAAUAGAAUCGUGGAUAAUGAGACCCUUGGAUAUUAUAUGGCAAGAACUUAUUUGUUCUUGAUCGCAGUGGGUGUUGACCCCAAUAGACUCAGGUUCAGACAACAUAUGAGCAAUGAAAUGGCUCAUUAUGCCCAGGUAAGUCAAUUAUGAGUGGAAGAUGUUAAAUUUCAGGAUUGUUGGGAUGCUGAAUGUUUGACUUCCUAUGGCUGGAUUGAGUGUGUCGGUAAUGCCGACAGAUCUUGUUACGAUCUCCAGGCUCAUGCGAAGGUUACAAACGAAAGACUAAGUGCCGAAAAGAAGUUGCCAAAACCAAUUCAAGUAGUCGUAACAAAAGCGCAGCUAAAUAAACAAGUUUUGGGAAAGAAAUUUAGAGGAGAUGCUAAAGUUAUCACCCAGCAUAUCGACGGUUUGGAUGAAAAGGAACUUCAGGAAGUCGCGGGCAAACUAAAGGCAAAUGGGUAGGAAAAAAUUGUUGUUGCUAUAUUAUUUGCAGAAAAUAUGAGGUGGAAGUUGAGAUUAAAGGAGAAAAGAAAACGUUUUCCAUUACUGCCGAUGAACUGGCUAUCCAUGAGGUCGAGGAGACCAAACAUGUGCAAGAGAUAGUCCCUUCUGUUGUGGAACCUUCGUUUGGAAUCGGGCGCGUCAUGUAUACGGUAUUGGAACACGCCUUUAGAGUCAGAGAAGGAGAUGAACAGAGAAAUUACUUGGAGUUGCCACCAAUUGUGGCCCCCAUUAAAUGCUCCCUUCUUCCAAUCAGUGCCAAUGAGAAGUUGAAUCCUCUGAUUGAAGAAGUCCGAAGAGAGCUCAGCAAAUACGAAUUGAGUCAUAAAGUUGAUGACAGUGCUGGAUCCAUUGGAAGAAGAUACGCUCGAACUGAUGAAAUUGGAAUUCCGUUCGGUAUUACUGUAGACUUUGAGAGUGAAAAGACUCCUCAUACGGUCACUCUUCGUCAUGCUCCAACCAUGCAGCAAGUACGGCUUGAGGUGGGAAUUAUUUAAAAUUUGGAGGAUUUAAAAUAAUUUUAGAUUGCAAAGCUUGGACCAGUGGUCUCUGAUCUAGUUCAUAAUCGUCGUGAAUGGGUCCAAGUCACCAAAGAGUUCCCGUUGUUUUCAGCUACCGAAAACUAA